CGAAGGCCUAGAUCGGACGCAGGACAUGUUUUUGGAUUUCCCGAUUGAGACUGGGCCUCCCUACUACUGCCGCCCCGACCCAUGACCCGACAUAAUUUUUAGUCUUAUAGUUCCGUUCCAGCCUGCGUUCCACCCCGUUCCGCCUUGUCGGACACCUCUCUUGCAGCUCUCGACUCCUGACUACAGCCCACAUUCACAGUCUCGGCCCCCCACAAGACAUCAUAUGCACGGCAGAAAAGUCGCUGUCUCGUGCCAUAACUGUUCCCGUCGGCGACUGCGAUGCGAUCGAUCCAAGCCGGGAUGCAACAAGUGCACGGCCUCUGGCCUCGACUGCCCGGGCUACGGCCGGAUCCUGACCUGGGUUGAGGGAGCUUCUGCAAAGGCCAAGAGGCCGAGACAGAGGUCUAACGAGGCGGGUGCUGGUGCUGCUGGUGCUGCUGGUGCUGUCUCUCAACCCGCCGGUCACACAGCGGCAGGGUCAUUGAUAGCGUCAGGCACCAACGCUGCCCUACCCAUCUCGGUCCGAGAGUCGCGAUUCGGUCAUGUGGACGACGUAACUCGUCUCUACAUGGAGCAUUUCGAGAAUCGGGUGUGCAAAGACCUAAUCUCCCAUGACCACCCGGGAAGCAACCCGUUUCGCCAACUGAUCCCACUAGCUCUCGAACACCCCUUCCUCCUGCAUAUUCUGGUGGCGACCUCUGCACUCCACCUCUUCAACACGCUGCAUCGCACAGCACUUACGAUAGCGCAACCUCACCUACUAGUCGCCUCCGACACCAACCACCGCCUGGGGAUUGUCACCAAUUCCGAGGGCCCCGUCGACCAGCUCUCCAAGACGGCCCUGACCAAUGCCCUCGCCGCGAAGCACCGGGCCAUCUGCUCGCUGCGGACGGCGCUGGCGCAGCCCGAUGACGGCAACAGGGAGGUGAUCCUCGCGGCCAUCCUGUUUUUCAUCAAUUUCGAGCUGAUCGACGUCGGCAAUGGCGGGUGGCAACCUCACCUGCGCGGCGCCGGCAGGCUGAUGGCCCUCCUCGGCCAGGUUCAGAGAUCGGGAAGCCAGAUGGCCAACGGGCUGCUAUUCGAUGUCGUCAUCUCAGACUGUCUCAUAUACCACAUCCUCGGGUCAACCCUCUCGCCGGCAUGGCUGACGGCCAGCAUCACGCACCAGGUCCUUGACCUGUUCCCGAUCCUGGAGCGGACCGAGCCGUACAGCUACCUCUGCUGCCCGACGGCGCUCCUCAAGAUCAUCCUCGCCACCUCGCAGCUCUCCGUGUCCGUGCUCGGCAACCCCGACCCGGCCCUGCUCGCCGAGGCCACCGCGUCGGCCCUGGCUCUCCUUAACGAGGCCCUCACCCUCGACACCCACGCUUGGGCGGUAAAGCUCGGCCACCACCACCAGAAGGGAGGCAUGGACGGCAGCCCCAAGCCCAAGCCAAACCCCGGCACCACCGACACAGACGCCGGGGCCGCCAGCAGCAGCAGCAGCAGCAGCCGCGAGCACGUGGCGUCGGCGCACAGGUCGGCGGCGUGCCUGUACAUCCUGCAGGCGGUGCCGUCGGCGCGGGCGUCGGGGGGCGUAUCGAUCGACGAGCUGGUGGCCGACGUACUGGGCCACCUGGGCCGCGUGGGGCCCGGGGACGCGCACUUCAAGGCCACGUCGUGGCCGACCUUUGUGGCCGCCGCCGAGACCCGCGACCCCGCGACGCGGGCGUGGCUGCUGGGCCGCCUGCUGGCCGUGUGGAGGGUGUGUCCGUGGGGGUACAUCUUCACUGCCGUGGGGAUGCUGAGGAGGAUGUGGGCGGUUAGGGAUGCGAGGACGGUGGGGGAGAGCGAUUUUGGGAGGUGGAGCUGAGAGACUGUGGGAUUCUUGAGCGGCAGCGAUUCUGGGCGUUCCAUUUGGUGUCUGGAUGUUCUGGUUGGCAGAUUUAAUUUUAUAUCGUCGAAUUUUUGAUCAACUUGGCCCUCAUAUUUUGCUCCUCCCCACACAUUUCAAGGGUCCAUGGCUUGGAAGGACAAGGUAGCAGUGACGUAGGGCUUAGUCUAAGUGAGGUGUGUAUCAUGUCUGUCCAGUUAUCCAACGACGCCAGCUGUGCAGAUAUUGCGAAUGGAUAUUCACGGGGAACCUGGAAAGAUACUCCGCAUAGAGCCAUGAAUUCCUGUGUAAGGGUAUUAGCAUGCAAAUGUCUCGGCCCUAUCGUAAGUAAUGAUGUAGCCGGUUUCAAAGCA